GCCCCUCCCCUCCAAAAUGGUGUCAUUCCGUCAGCUGCAGGUGGAUCCAGUGGCAGUGCUCCUCUUCUCAAUCACGCCCGCCUGCUAAUCAGAGGUGGAUCCAUGGAAAGUAACACAGCCUUGCAAAAUGACAUCUCCCCCCUCCAGAACAUUGUUCUUCCAUCAACCGAAGAUGGAUCCAUUGAGGAUAGGAUAAUUUUUCAACAUGGCGUUCCUUCUCUUUGCGAUCCUGUCCUUUUGCCAACCAUAGACCAAGGUAUGAAUAGUCAGAUAUCUCCCCUUCCGAUAGAUGGAGAAUUGGCUAUGUUGGACGAAGGAAGCAAGACCCUUUGCGCAGAAAGGAAUUCUUUCAGCUAUAAUUUAAGCAUCAAUUCCCAUUCUCCCCCACUCUACUGUGACCCUGAAUCGGAUGAAAGUGCACUGCCGCAAGAGAAGUGUCCAGAGACAACCAAGAUGGCCAACGAGGCUGACAUCACUUCUGCUGUGUCUCUUGAUGGAGAACGCCUUGGGGCCUGUAGGAUGCAUUUGCCCCUUAAUGAAGAAAUGCCACCCACGAGUCAAAAUGGCAGCAAUAAUAAUGAGAUCGGUGGCCUUGAAAGCAGGACAAAGAAUAUGGUGGAAGCAUUGAGGCCUAGUGUACCAUACAUAGAUGAUCUCUGCUUGGUCCUUGAGACAUGUACCAUUUCAGAGGGCCUCAAAACAAUUACGGAAAGGGAUGUUGAUGAGUCCAAUGAAAUUAUUCAGAUUUCAGUCCAUAAACCUGAUGAAACCCAACAUUUUAUCCCAGAAGAACGACAAAUAGAUGAUAGGACUCAAACUUCGUUCCUCAAUCCUGAAGAAACUCAAACGUCGCCCGAUGGAGACUCCUCUCUGAAAAAAAGACCUGAUCCUUCAGAGCCUUCAAUGGAGCAAACUGAGUUGCUGACCUCUGCAUUUCCUGCCGACAAGGAAGAAAUCGCACAACCUUUUAAGGAGCUGGAAAAUAACCCAAAAUUUGACGAUACUAUGUCUGACGAUCCAUCUGAAAUAACGAGUUUGGCCUUACAAAAUGGACGCUCGCUUCCAGAUAUCUUGAUGUGUCCUCCUCUGAAAUGCCUCAGGGCUGUAUCUUCUUCCAAUCGAAAGAAACGGAGGAAAAUACUAAAAACCGAGCGCCCUUUUGAUGGCUUUUCCAGAAGAAUGGAGAGCAUUAGAAACAAUAAUAGAGCCCUCCAUCUACAUUGGGGGUUACCGAAAUGGCAGAAAACAUCUGCGGAAAGCUCCGGAAACAAUCAACGAUUGUUAAGCAAACCGAUUCCUUCUCAGAUUGUUCGGUCCGUUCACAGCGAUUGCCCUCUUCGAACAAUAAAGCACCCAUUUAGCUUACCGAAAAUGGCCGCAGAAGUGCCACAAACAUCUCCAUGCAAUAUGGAUCCUCCCAGAAGGACGACUAGACAGCGUAUCACCUCCUUGGUGGACAUUUUCAAGCCUAGCAAAUGCACUGAAGAGAUGAGCCUUUUGAGGAAGCUGUCUGUACUCGCCAAUACAAUUUCGCCCCCUCAGAGGUCGAAACCCGCCUUGAAUAUCCCCAGAUUCGGACGCAAAAUGAUACCAGAUCUAUUAUCAUCUGUUGUGAACGCGAACGUUCAGAAGUCCAAUUUGCAGUCAACUUUCUCGUUAUUUCCUCUUGAAUCGGCUGGCUUUUGUAUCUUGGACCUGAGGUCGAAAUUAUCCUUUGCUACGCCGUUGUUCCAGUUCAAAAUGGUGCCUGUUCCCAUACAGAAAUCGACGCCAACUUGGAAAGAAACGGCCAUGCAGCUGCCCUUUGAGUGGACAUUCUCAAUUCUCUUUUCCCAAAGUAUUACGGGGCCAAUCCUGAACUUGUCCCAUGUGAAAAAAGAUGGCGGGUGCCCUGUUGGACUCCAGACCAUUCUGGCGCUGUUCUCGCCAGGUUAUUCCCGCCUCUGGGCCAGAAAAUUGCGUUUCCCAGUUCGGCGGCUCACCUUCUUCCAGUUCACUGGGGCUUCAAAGGACCCAAACCCGCCACAGUCCAAUCUCUUUGCAUCCUUGCUCUCCACUACUUUUGACAAUGGACUCCCCGCAUGGAGACAGUUUGACCCUCCUUCCUCCGAAGUCCUACCUAUCUGUUCACCACAGGAAGCGACCUCUGUGAUUUCAACCUUUCCAUCACCAUGGAUGUGCCUCAACCUCCAGAACAGCACUACAAUGUUACCCCCAGUGACCGAAAAGUCGAUGGAACUUCCUGUUUCUCCAAAGAGUAAUAUCAGUUUGAGGACCCCUGCUGUAGAGUUUUGUUAUGAGACUUUUCCUGUUGCGGUCUUUCCCCUUCCCAGGUGGGAGCCUUCCUUUUCUGCCUCAAUGCCGACCUGCCUGUCGACCCCAGAACCACCUUGGUCCUGCCUUCCGGCCCCGACGUUUUCUGUCUGUAAUUCAUUGGAGGAACUGGAGGUCCCUGUCCCUACUCCCCCUCAGACCACCGAACCAGAGAAGAAGAAGCCAAAGAAGGUCUCACAGAUCCGGAUCCGGAAAGCGAUCCCGAAGCCAGAUCCCAACCUGACCCCGAUGGGCCUCCCAAGACCCAAAAGGUUACAGAAGACCGAGUUCAGCUUGGAGGAGAUCUACACCAACAAGAACUACAAAUCGCCUCCAGCCACAAGGUCCCUGGAGACCAUCUUUGAGGAGCCAAAGGAGCGUCGCGGGGGGGCCUGGGUGUGGGUGAGCCACCAGAAGCGGAGGCGUGUGCUGGAAUUCCCGGACUUCACACUCCCCAGGAAGCGCCGGCUACGAGGGAGGCUCCACCCUGCCAGCCAGGGUUUCACUCGGGCCCAGAAGGCUGCUCUGGGCGGGCGGGAGCUGGACGCCCUCCUCCUCCAGAGGCUGACCGACCUCGAGGCCUUCUGCGCCCAGCAAGAUGACACAGAAAGCUGAGGCUGGAUCACAGCCCUACAAUGUUCCUCUGCAUUGCGCCCUUGUCUCCUUCCCAAAUCUGAUCAGCGAGUCUUAUCCAGACGAGGCAUCUUCCUCUUGGAUGAGGGUUGCCGAUUGGCCUUUCAAGGUGGACUCUGAUCCAAAGGAGAGCCAGCGAUUGGUUUUUCAGUUUAGCCGCCAUCUUCAUCCUCAUUAUGAAUUCCUUCCUUCCAUGGAAGUCUUCCAUAUUGGCCACUCAUCAUCUGCAGUGGUUAAUUACUUACUUCUACUGUCAAUGGAAGAACUCCUAUUUCUGAAUGUCCUCCAUAUUGGCCACUCGUCCUUCUGAUAGUGUGGGGAGCAUUGCACCAGGGGAUCAAGGAAAUGCCUAGAGAGGACUAAUUUAGGCAGUUGAAACUUGGGGUGACUAUAGAAAGGAAGGACCUCCUGUGCAGGAAGUGACCAGAUCGUUUUGACGAGGGAAUCCAAGCAAGGUCAUUUACUCUUAUAUGAGAGUUGGCGAUCGGUCUUUCAAGAUGGCUGCUGUUUUCAUCCUCAUUAGGAGAUAAGAGAUUAUUAAGUGAAUUACUUUCUUCUAUGGAAGUCCUCCACAUUGGCCCUCGCCCUACCCAAAAUCGAUUGUCAUCUUUCAAGAUGGCCACUGUCUUCAUCUUCAUUAUGAAUUUCUUCCUUCCACGUAAGUCUUCCAUAUUGGGUACUCGUCCUUCCUGAUGUUCAUUACUUCCUUCUACUAUCAAUGGAGGAUCCCCCGUUUCUAAGUGUCUUCCAUGUUAGCCACUCACCAUUCCCGAAAUGUUGACGAGUCCUAUCCAAACGAAGUCGUUUCCUCUUAGACGAGUGUCGGCAAUUGGCCUUUUAAGAUGUCCACUGUCUUCAUCUUAAUGGGAUGAUAUUGUUGAGUUUCCAAGAUGAUGUCCAUGGUGUAGCGAAUUCCUUCUUUCAGUGGCGGGUCACCUGUUUCCUUAUGUCUUCCAUAUUGAAAAUGAGCAUCGUCAAUUGUUCUUUCAAGAUGGCCGCCUCCUUCACCUUCAUUGGAUGAAAUCAUUGAGAGCUGUAAAGGCAUCAUCCGUGGUGAAGUGAAGUACCUUCUUCAUCCAUUGUCUUUCCAAGAUGGCGUCUGGCCUAAAAGGGCGUCGUGGGUUGUCCUUUCAGGAUAGCCACGAUCUUCAUUCUGAUUGACAUUAUGAAGUGAAUUACUUCCUUCAAUGGAAGUCCUCCACUCAUCCUUCCCGAAAUCAAUCGACUCCUAGUAAUGAAUCCUGUCCAAAGAAAGUCGUGAUUCUUCCUUGUCCUUUCCAGAUGGCCGCUGUCUUCAUACUCCACGGAGAGUUAUGGCUGUGGAUAUUUUUUUAAGAUAGCCGCCGCCCACUGCAAUGUUCAUCCUUUCUGCUUCCUGUUUGCAGAGGUUUUUCUCAUUUCCUUAUGAAUGGGUCGCAUCUGGAAAAAUCCCAUUGAUUUAAAGAAGAAAAUCUGAAUAUUUUGCUCCAACAAGUCCCGCAAUUUAGUAUAUUAAUGUUGUAUUUCAUGAACUUUAUUUUUCUUCUAAUGUUUUGAGGUCUCGUUUCUUUGACAAACGAGCCUGGAAUUAGCACUUUUUUCAACUCAAUAAAUACCUCCAUUAACAAGCUCUUAUCAACCCAACAAUUAAUGAGCUGUAAUUAAUAGUAAUUACAGAAAGAAACCUUCGGCCUUAAAAAACUGAAAUUAUACACAAUUGUGCCUGAAAAUGAUAUAUAUACCAGAAAUAGAUUUUUCCCCUAUUAGUUUGUUCAAUUUCCAUUAUAUAUAUGCACACACACACACACACACAUGCUUUUUUAGGAGAUUUGUCUAGUUUAAGAUCCUUUCAGUCAUCUCGUUUUUUAUUAUUUUCGGAACCAUUAUUUUUUUUUCUUUCCUUUUUUGGGGGGGAUUAUUGUUAUUUUUUCCCCAGAAUGUUCUAUUUCUCAUUUUCCCCGCGAUACAACCCAAUCCCGUUGAUGAUUAAUUCAUCCAUAUUAUAGAUAGAGAGAGAGAGACAGAGAGCCUUUGCAUACCCUAUUUUUUUUGUCAUGAAGUUUUCCACAAUACGAUCUGCAAUCUGAUCCCAUUUAUGAUGGAUUGAUCUCUCUCUCUCUCUCUCUAUAUAUAUAUAUAGCCUUUCCACACCCCACUUUUUUCUAAUUAAGCUCCCCCCCCCCCGAAUGUUCCAAAACAUUCUAGAACGUUCUGUUUCCCAUUCUUUGCAUCCUGUUUUAAUGUGAAUGUUUUUCUUAUUUUUGGUCUUACAAUAUUUUUUGCAUUUUUUCUUUUUCAGAAUACUACGAAAUGUUCCAUUUCUUGUUUUUUUCUGAUAAUUUUAUUUUAUUACAGCUUUCUUUUUUGAGAUUAUGAACUGUUGUUCAUCAAUAAUGAGAUUUUGUUAAAUUUCUGGGUGAAGAUCUAGAGAAAAUAAAUAAACAAAAUAAAAGACUUGGUUUUUUAAGAAAUACAAUUGAAUAUAAAUUUGCACAAUUUAUUUCCCUCAUGCCAUGGAUUUUAUUUUUAAUUAAUUCUAGUAAAUAAAUAUUGGAAUAUUGAAGACUUCCUCAUUUCCUCUCCUUGUUUUCCUUGUAUUUAAAUUAUGGAAAAUAUAUUUAAAGAUAUUAAAAAUGAUUGACAUUUAAA